UUCGUCAACAGGUCAAGAUUUAUCGACUUUAAAGGUCCUCAACCUGCAAACGACUUUGCUUGACAUAUCAACUUCCAGCCAUGGGAAACUUGAAAAUCUACACCCUGUUGUUUGCAAUAAAUGUGACAAGGUGGUGGAAUUACAAGAAGGUCGAACAUUUAUGGAAUAUAAACCUCAGUCAAAGAAAGCAUCUGUACAGAGGAAGAAGAACAGUAUUUUUCUUAUAUGUUAUGACUGGGAUUGGAUAAAAACAUUGGUUGACAAAUUGGUCAAGUCUCUUAAUGCAGGAGGGGUUAAAGUCAUUGUCAUUGAUUUGUUCCACUGGGAAAUGACUGAUAAAAAAUCUUUUAGCUCAAAACAGGUUUCAGAAGGGACAAAUAUUCACAUUCCCAUAUUCUCCAAAAAGAACUAUUUGUGGCAUCUAGAACAAUGGCUCUGCACUUGCAGACCAAAUAGUAUAAUCAGGCCUUUAUUUUAUGAUGCAAAUGAAGAUAUCAAAUACCUAUAUGAUAAAUUUUUGAAUAAGCUAGCAAAUGCGAAGGAUUCUACUGAUGGAAUUUUCUCCUCUUUAAAUGCUCCACCACAAGCAUCUUUUCUCUCUGGAUGGUCAUCGUUGGAUUACAGGACCGAAUGGAGUUUCAUGAAGCGUGUUGUAUUUGAUAUCCUUGAAAUGCUGAAUAAUCUGCCAUUGCAUCUGCCAUUACAUGCUAUUGGGCUGGAGGAACGUACAGAGGAUCUGACAGGCAAACUUGAGAUGGAAUCAGACGAGCUAAAAAAGGAACAGAUUUUGAGAGAUCUUUCAAGAAAAGACAUUCUUGUGAAAAGUUUUGAGCAUGGCAAGGCCCUGAUGAAAGCUCAUCUGGGAUCCAUUAGGGCACUUGUUAUAUUGGAUGACAUUGAUCAUUCAAUGCAAUCAGAAGCCCUUAGUGUGGAUUGGCUUGCGCCUGGGAGUAGACUCCUCCUAAUAUCCCGAGACACAAAGUUGCUUGCUUUUCUACAUGCAGACAGAAUUUAUGAGAUGGACAUACUAGAAUUUGAGCAGAGUGUUGAGCUAUUUAGCUGGCAUGCAUUUCUCAGAACAUAUCCUGAUGAUGGCUAUGAGGACAGAUCUCAGAAGAUUGUAAAAGCUUGCCACGGAAUUCCGUUUUUGCUUGAAGUAGCUGGGGCAUCCUUAUAUGGCAGGAGAGAAAUCAGAUGUUGGGAUGAGUCUAUCAGGCAUUUAGAGAACACUAUUGAUCAGGACAUCCACAGGCGUCUCUGUGUAUGUACACAAGUUCUUACCUAUCAUGAAAUUGAAAUAUUUCUGGACAUUGCCUGUUUUUUCGUGGGGAAAGAGAACCUGGAAACAGCAUCGAGGUUCUGGGAAGCCAUUGGCCAUACUCCAAAGAGAGACUUAGAAAAUAUAAUUCAGAAUUCUCUUGUCAUGAUAAAUGACAAAAGUCAGUUUAUAAUGCAUGAUCUUCUACAAGACAUGGGAAGGGCAAUGAUUGCAGAUAAGUCUCCAGACCUUGGAGAACGUAGUAGAUUAUGGACACCAGAGGACGCAGUACAAGUAAUAACUAAAGGCCUGGGGACUAUGAGCGUUCAAGGUAUCUCUAUAUCCAGAGCGGAGAGGAGCAAUAUAGCAUUUAAAGCAGAAUCCUUUGCACCCAUGACAAAUCUGCAAUUGCUUUGGAUUGAUGGAGAAAAUGUUGAUGGGGACUUCCUAAAUUUAUGUCCUGGUUUGAGAUGGCUGCGUUGAAAUUCAUGU